GCAGCUGUCAUGAUCUCCGGUGCUUUCGCGCUUGUCUCAGCAAACCUGGUAUCCUGGCUCAAAAUCAAAGUGACAAAAUUAACUGGACAGUGAUCCAGUUGUUUGUCGCAUGACGGUGCAUCUGCAAAAGGUGACCUUGUCCAAAAACUGUCCAUCAAAAACUGCGCAAAACCUUCAUCUGCAAUGACAGAUAAAAUUAAAGAGCUCGUUUCAAAGUGCCUACAGGCCCGGGACAUGGCAUACUGUCCAUACAGCCGGUUCCCUGUCGGUGCUGCCAUAUUAACAGCAGAGGGCGCUAUAAUAACAGGCUGUAAUGUGGAGAAUGCCUCCUACGGUCUGACAGUGUGUGCCGAGCGGACGGCCAUCCAGAGAGCUGUGGUGGAAGGACACAGACAGUUCACGGCCAUCGCUGUGACAUGUGACAUCAAAGACCGCUUUGUAGGGCCAUGUGGAGCAUGUCGGCAGGUUCUUAUGGAGUUUGGAUCAGACUGGGUUGUAUACUUGACCAAGCCGGACGGAUCUUACAAAGAAACCAGCCUCAGUGAACUGUUGCCUAUGGCCUUUUCCCCAGCACACCUCUCAAAAAACUAAUAAAGCUGUGAUCUUACUGUAAGCAGGCCAAAAAAAAACAAAAAAAAAGUUUUGUUUUGCUUACAUAGUCAUUUUAUAACGUCACAUAA